AUGAAUGAAUUUCACGCCUCAAAAGUUGUUACACUAACUGUCCCAAAGAAUGCCGCGGCCAAGCGGCGAAAAAAGUGGGUACGGCUACCGUAAUCUCCCACUAUUUCAGGAAUAGGUAGUAUUACGAUUCUGAUUUCUGUCUUCCAUGAUGUAUGCGCGUUUCUGACCCGGAUAGCUUGUCUAAAUUCGUCAUUCCAAUAAAAUUGUUAGCGAACUUAAUAAAAGUUGGAAAUUACAGUAACCUUUGUAUAAACCCUAAAAUAAAAGCUCAAUUAUUAAUUUUUCAACCUGAAAACAUUCCUCUUAUGUCAUUCUAUUAAUAUGUGAACCGUAGCGAUUAAUGGAAAAGUUUAAAAAUUGAUCGUCUCUAUUUUGGUCCUACAGUAACCGAACAUAGCAACUUUGAACGCUUAUAUCUCAAAAACUUAUAUUUUUAUUUUUGAUUUUAUUGUCUUAUUUUACGGGAAGGGUGUCCAACUUUUAUAAUCAAGUUUAAAAAUUUGUUACACUCGCUCCAAUUUUUUACAGUAAUCGAUAUGGUAUCAUGACGAUUACGGUACUACCGAAAGACGAAAAGAUACAAAAAAAGUUUCAAUUAGAAAAAUGUUGGCCAUGCUCGAAAACAUACAGACAGGAAGUUUCAGCCCCGUAGGGCUGUCGCCCGGCCCACGACAGCGGCUGCUUUACAAAACCCAAAUUGUUACAGUAAUCCCGGACUGAUUGAAAUUUCGCGAAACCCUUCUUCGCUUUUCAUCAACAUGCUCAGGCCCUUCUACUGGCCAAGUUUCAAGAAAUUUGGUGAUGGUCGUUGCAACAAUGUCCGGGCCCCUUGGAGCACGCCACGAAAAAAGUGGAAAUAGAGAAAUUCGCGGGAAAAUGUUUUCGACAUUUCAUACGCUGAAACCUUUACAAAUAAAUAAUAAAAAUGAUCCCAAAGUUCCAACAAAACAACAAUUUACGUGUGAAACCAACGAGAAAGCAUCGAAAGGCUUUAAGGAGAUGCAACCCGAACUUCUCAGAUUGAUCGAAGAAGAGAAAAGAAAUUAUAUUGUACUAGGCAAAAUUGGAUCAGAAUCGACGAAUCUGACCGAAUUCGAGCUUUCCGGGGGUAAACAAGACUAGCAGGGCUUUUAUAUUGCUACAAAACACCCCUACUAAAUUGAAAUUCAUCAAAUCUUCUUUAUUUCCACCUAAAUAUCAAACCAACAAGAAUAAUUAAAAUUACAUAAGUUUUCGACAAUCCAUCGAAUUUGCCGGAUGCAAUCUGAACUCGGAAUUCCAUCUCCACACCCUUUGGUACGUUAUGCUGGCCUUCACAUUCUACUUCAGCAUGGACCGGCUGAAAUAUCAAUUAUAUUAUUUUAGGUAACACCAGAGAAAAUUGUUAGCUCAAUGGCCUAGAAAAACAAAAAAAUCAAAAAGGCAACGUCAUAAACUUACCUUGAAAUGUUCUGAAUCGUCUGCUUCCUUUGAUCCAGCUUUCCUCACGCCUUCUCCAGCCCUUUCUCGCAUUUCUCCAUCAGUCCUGCAAAAUGAUGCAAUUACCCAUUGACAAGUGCCCUUUUUCCAUUGUCAAAUUUCGAGAUUUCUUCUUUAUAACGUGCAAGGAUGUUUUACACAAAAGGAUUGGCUAAUUUGAUCCUAAUCUGGAUGCAAAAAGAGAAAUCUUACAUUUUCUGGGACACUAUCAGCUGAUGCAAAAUGAUGUAUAUAAUCUAUUGACAAGUGCCCUUUUGCUAUUGUCAAAUUUCCAGAUUUCUUCUUUACAACGUCCGCUGGGAUGUUUCGCACAAAGCAGAUCAACUCCUUUGUCCCUAAACCGGAUGAAAAAAGAGAAAACUUACAUUUUCUGGAGACGCCAUCAGCUACUGCAAAAUGAUGCAUUAAUGAACUAGGAAGUGACCUUUUUCAACUACGAAAUUUCCUAAUUUCUUCUUUAAAACAUCCGCUAGGAUGUUUCACACAAAUGAAUUGGCUACGUUGUUCCUAAACCGGAUGCAAAAAGAGAAAUCUUACCUUUUCUAUAGACACAUCAAUAGCUGGAGAAUCAUUUUUGUGUCAGAGCGCAAUGGGCUGGCCUCCAUGAACUCAUCCAUUAUAUUCAACACUUGAAACUGACAAAAACGUAAUUUUUGACAUACUAUUCAUCUCUAAAUUAUUCCAACUCUCAGAGUUACAAUAAUAUCUACCACAAUAUUCAUGCGCUCAAAAAAGAUUAAAAAUAUUGGGCGCAGCUCGAAAUCUCUAUUUCCAAUUUUGCCUUACGUUUUUCGUGGCGUGCUUGGAGGGAAGCUUCAGUUUGUAAAAAACUCUGUUUUAAAAAAAAAAUCAAACUUAAAUUUUUUUGCGAUCCAAACAAAUUAUGGCAAGAGGAGGUCAAAAUUGGGCUUGGAAGGGGCAGUUUGGGCUUGGGAGGGGCAGUUUGGGCUGAUAAAUGACAAUAUGAACGUUGGGGGUUAUGAUGAGUAGUUUAAGGAUAAGUUUUACUUGAAAAUACGACAUUUUGUAAUCGUGAUUCUUGAGGAGGAAAAUGUAAUUCGUCCAGGCGGGAAGCCUUAAUCUGCGUUAAAGCAAACAAGAUUUACAUUUUCUGGAAGCUGUUGGUCUCCUCUGUUCAUGAUUUUUAAAAUCAUGUAAAUCGGACGUCAUUGAAAGGAGUUACAGCCAAAAAAGUAAACACAUUUCGGUAUUUAGCACAAAAAAACCGUAGCGCGGAUUUCCGAGAGAGCCCGCUUUUUCUCUCGACUCUCUCGCUUUUGCAUGAUUUUUCGCGCUUCCAAUUCGUGAUUCGCGCUACGCUUUCUUAGUGGGACAGGCCCCUGGUUUUCGGGGUAGAGAUGCCUCUACUUCAGAAGGUCGUAGCGACCUCAGCUUGCACUCUAAAAGCUUGUUAUUUCACAGUCAAAAACUUAUGCCUUCUAAAAAUACAUAUUUCAAAUACGAAGUCUCUGCGCCGCCUCCGCCGGAAGUUAUAGCCUUCCACUUUCCUUCACGUUUUUUGUAAGACCCUGUAAUUUUCCCGGCGCGAAAACAAUGAAUGCCAACGGUUUGGCAUUGUAUUUUAGACGGGCCGGGCCGGAAAAAACCCCAGGCCCGCGGCCCGGCCAGUGACGGUUGUUUUUUGCGAAAAAGUAAAGUUACAGCUUCAUCCAGCGUCAGAGAUGUAACCUCAGAUAAUUAAUGGGCCCGGGAUUUCUGAUGGAAAUUUACAAAAGUUCAUUAUACAUUGACCCAUAUCUAGAGGUGGCAAUCGGGCCGGGCCUGACCAGCUUUGAAAAAGCCCCGGCCCGAUUGCCACCUCUACCCAUAUCUAGAGUUUAUAUUGCACUAGACAGACCUUUCCACCAGGUUCGAACAAAAAAGCUAAACAUCGAACAAAAAGCAAACAUAACGACUUACUUUCUUACUUGAAGGUUCAACACCGACUUUCGAGCUUUCGUCUUCUUGCUCCGGCUUGAAAUGGUCGAUAUUUUACAGAAAAUAUAAAAACGAAUUUUCCGAUUUUUGCACGACGCCAAAACUUUUUGGCACAAAAAGGAUUGGUCGUGGUGGGACAAACCUAAAAUAUCAAGAGGGAAUGAUGGUCACACACUGGGCUUCGUGGAAAUUGGACAGAGUGAAAUUGGACAGAAAUAAUUUGGACAGAGCGUGGAAACUGGACAGGGUGAAAUUGGACAGAGUGAAACUCGACAGAUUUUUUUCACUGCAAAAAAUAAUUAUUUGAUGAUUCAAUAGUGGCAUUUCGUACGAUCGCAGCGAAAAAAAUCUGUCCAAUUUCCACGAAGCCACACACUGCAUUUAUCGCUCUCAACUUUCACAACAGAAGUCAAGGUAAGCGUUUUUUAAAUCGGUGGUUUGAGGCGGUGGAUUUCUCUUUUUAAGGGAUCAAUGCUAAAUUGAUAAAAAUUUAUGUUCUCUUUUUUCUUUACUUCAAAGUACUAAUAUUAUGAAUUCUAGGUUCAUGACAACCCUACAAGAAAUUCGAUUGUACGAGAAUCAUACGGAAAGGGAGAAUGUGGAUAAUAUGAGCGAGUUAUAUGCCGUUCUUAAUGCCUUAGAAUGUCUGGAAAAGGUCUUUAGUCGCGAUUAUAUUUUGCCCAAUGAAUACACAGCUGAGUGUUCAAAAUUAUUAACACAGUAUAAAGUAAGUUAUGGUGUGUUCUUAUAAUUAUUUUUUAAUUCAAUUUAGGUAACAAUCAGACUUCUUCAUGGGAUGAGCGUUGAGGAUUUUGUUAGAAAGUAUCGAAUAAACUGUCCGGCUGCACUUGAAAGAAUCCGUGAAGAUCGGCCGAUCACUGUGAAGGAUGACCGCGGAAAUGUCCUGAAGAAUAUUGCUGAGAUCGUCGAGUUAUUUAUUACAUUUAUGGAUCAUCUCAAAUUGAACAUGAGGACUGUUGAUGAGCUCUAUCCGACUUUGUCAGACCUUUACAAUGCGUUGAAUACGAUGAGUUCACUUCCUGACAACAUUGGAAUCAAACAGAAGAUUAAGAAUUGGUAUUUUUUUAUUUUAAUAGUUUUUUCCCAUUUUACUUACAGGGUCUUACAAAAAACGUGAAGGAAAGUCGGAGGCUAUAACUUCCGGCGGGGGCAGCGCAGAGACUUCGUUUUUGGAAUAUGUAUUUUUAAGCGGCAUUAAUUUUGGUCUAUGAAACAACAACAUUUUAAAAUGCAAAUUGAGGUCGCAACGACCUUCUGAAGCAGGGGCGUUCUACCACGAAACCAGUGUUUUUCGGUCGAAAAUGGUCGAGAAAUUUUGGACUUUUUGGGGGUUUUCAAUAUAGUUGAUGUUGAAAACAGGGAAGGAAAUUGCCAAAACUUUUCUUCAUUUGAGGAUUUCGGAGAACAUGGAUCGGCUAGCCGAAGUGUCAGAAUGGCUUGAAGUCUCAAAAAAAGGUUGCCAACAGGUUUGGAAUGAGUGUCAGAGAGUAGGAAUGACAGCCAGAUUGUUUAAAUGGCUAGCCGAAAAGUCAGAAAGAAAGGCAGCCCGGGUGUUUGCAUAAUUUUCAACGUUUUGGCAAUUUUCUUCCCUGUUUUUGACAUCACCUGUAUUGAAAACCAAAAAAAAAAUCCGGCAUUUCUCGAAAAAGUCCGAAAUUUCGCGAUUAUUUUCAACCGAAAAACACUGGUUUUCGGGGUAGGAAUGCCCUUACUUCAGAAGGUCGUAGCGACUUCAAUUUGCACUUUAAAAUCUUGUUUUUUCAUAGACCAACUUUAAUGUCGCUUAAAAAUACAUAUUUCAAAAACGAAAUCUCUGCGCCGCCUCCGCCGGAAGUUAUAAAUUCCGACUUCCUGCAUAUUUUUUGUAAGACCUUGUAUUUACUAAUUAUGUGAAAUAGGCAUGACAAACUUUCAUCGAUGGCUGCCAGUGAAGAAAUUUCUGAGGAAGAUGCUCGUCAAAUGGUGUUUGAAGUUGAAUCGGCGUAUAAUGACUUUAACCGUCAUCUUCGCAACACUUAA